AUGUCACUAAGUCAGUCAUCAGAUAAUGAAGAUGCCGGGAAUGCUAGUUUUGUUGAAGAUGUUCAACCUAUAACAACAAACACAAAAGAUCUAGAACAACUAUCACUUGAAGAAUUGAAUCAAUAUCAAAACAAGAUAUCCCAGGAAUUCAAAAUUUUAUCCAAAGAUUAUCUCAAUAAAAGGCUUUCUCGAAUAAAUGUCAUGUUGGAUAAAUUAACUAGUCUGAUUAAGUUAGCCAAUGCUAAUGAAAAGAGUUGGUUAAAGAUUUAUACAUUUGAAAUUGAAGCUAUAAACAAUAUAAUGACAAACACUGAAGACUUAAUCAUGGUGAAUAACAAAACCAUUCCUCCAAAAACUGACUUAUUGAAAUCGAUGGAUGAAUAUGAAGAAGAAUUACAAGAGAUUUUCACCAAUUUACAAAGUCCAUUUGAUUUUGACGAUACUUUUAAAUAUGACAAUGGAGAAAUUUGUCAUUCAUUAGCAAACACUCAUUCUCAUUUAAGUAAAUUACCAUUCCCAUUUUUGUUCAAUCAAAGUUUCAAACCCCAUAGAGAUGAACUCAAAAGUAUAAGCUUGGAAAAAGAUUAUCAACUGGAAUUGAUUCAAAAAAAUUGUACCAAUAAUUCAACCAUUGUAUGGAAACAAUAUUAUGGUAAAUUAAACCAGCACAAGAACAAGUUAUUGAAUGAAACCCAACUGAAACUAAAUCAACUUUACAAGGAUUAUCAUCACUUGAAUCAAUCAAAAAAUGAAGAAUUGCUAGAUCGAUAUUAUUACCGAUCUUUGAUAUCCCCACAAUAUUUGCUAGAUACAAUAAAUGAUAAAAUCAACAUCACAAAUACUGAUAAUUUGGGUGAGGUAAUGAGAACCAAUCAUGAUUCGAACUAUGUCGAAUUGGAUACUCGAUUAAACCCCAAAAACAAGAUUGAAUUAUCAAAUAUACGUCUCAAAGAUGCAAGUAAUGAGCAAUUUUUGGCCAAUACUCAUGGUGCUAUCAAACGAAGGUACUCACAAGCAUUCAAAUACGACCCCUCUGUAUCACACUCCAUCAAUCAGUCAAAAGUCGAUGAUGAUUUACGUUUGAUUAGACGUAAAAUACGUCAUCAAAAUGAGAAAAAGCGGAAGGGAACAACUGCUGACGAGAAUGAUGAUGUGUAUAAUCGCACACUACAUGAUUACUCAGAAGACGAUAGAGAGAAUGAUGAUAGCGACAACAGCAACAACAACAACAACAACAACAACAAUGGAAAUGACAUUGGCAUUGGCAUUGGCAAUGAUAAUAAAGAUGAAUACGAAGUAGUUUUAGAGGACUAUGAUCCGGAAGAAGAAAUGACACCAACUGAACUUGAAGAACGCAAAAUUUACAAAAAUGUAUUGGGUCGUCACGAUCCAAAUGCAUCUAAGUUUAGAAUGUUGGAAUUACCACCAUUGGAAAACUUUCCAAAACUAUAA